CAACUACACACGACGUGACCGCGAGAGACCGUACUUUUUUCGGGGCGGCGUUUUCCUCUCCGCGCCCGCACCCACACUCACAAGUAAAAGUCUGACCGUCGCCACCGCCGCCGACCGACGACGACGACUGCGGCCGCCACUCGUCGUGCAACCGUGUGUCGCGCGACUUCAGUUGCUUAUCGGCUCGCGUGUUCGUUCCCGUCACGUUCGGUGUUUAAAUUGAUGUGGUGUGAUGGUUUUAAAUCGUCUUCUCUCAAGGUACUCGGUGUGACGGAGAAACGACGAUAACAACGUUUUUCGUGGUCAGCGGUUGAUAACGACGCUGUGGUGCAUAUAUAAUAUUGUUGAACAAGCGCUUUUAGUCUUCGACGUUUGACUCAUUGUUGUCAUCUCUGUGUCGUGUAGUGGACAGAUUGUGUUUCCGUUUGCGCGGCGUUGGAGCGGAGUUCGUGAUUGGAAAACCUCGUGGGGUCGCUAUCUCCGCCGUCGUCAUUCGUUCAUGCUUCGUCUGCGGUAUACUAUCGAAAUGUCAUUUAGCAACGGUUUGUCGCCAGCGGCUAUCUGAUAGGACCGGAUGAGAAGUUGACCUCUCUGCAAUUUUCCAGCAGUCUAGGAAAUGGAGUCUAUCCGAAAAUGGUUUUACAAGCCAAAGAAAGGAGACCGUUCGCUAUUGGCACAAUUCUUUUAUGCUGAUGAUGAAUUAAACGCCGUUGCAGCGGAACUGGAUAGUUUCGAUGGUAAAAAAGACCCUCAGCGGUGUACUGCCCUUGUGAACCAUUUGCGACAAUGUCAGGACAAAGUCUUGACGAUUUGUAUUAAAAUUAUGGACGAGCUGAUACCCGGUGAACGGGCCAGCCGUGAUUUUCGUGUAAAAUUUCCAGAUGACGUAAUUCAGGACAAUCUGGCGGGACAGCUGUGGUUUGGUGCUGAGUGUCUGUCUGCGGGGUCGAGCAUAAUGAAUCGUGAAGCCGAGAGCGGAGCUAUGAGACCUUUGGCCCGGGCUCUGACCAAAUCGCUGGAAAGAGUUCGAGGCCUUCUGAGAGACGCGAGCCUUUGCGGUGACCAAACUCCGCCGUGCCUGCGUAACCUAAUAUCAUCGCUGUGCACGUUUGAUCAUUUGUUGGCUGAAUUUGAAUUGCGUUACGUGUCGGCGAUGGUACCCGUUAAGACCGCUCACGAAUAUGAACUCCAGCAGCUCGUAGUCGUCUUGUUCUCUGAGACUCUACAAAGAGCACUCGUCAAAGGUCUCCUAACCCAAGAGAUGGUUGACGACUACGACCCUGCCCUUAUGUUCACCAUUCCACGUCUGGCCAUCGUGUCUGGUCUGUUAUUUUAUCCCUACAUGUCGCCGCUGUCUCUCGAUCAAAACGCCACCGAUAUGUCCGAUAUGUUCCGUCCAUUUCGAUCGUUAUUGAUGAAAAUCAGAGAGCUCCUUCUCACCCUGUCUAAUAAGGAGUUAUUAACGCUGGAGAGGAUGUUGUGUUCCUCCGAUGAGGUCAAGUUCGAUGAGAAGUUGUCGGUCAAAAACCAACAGUUGUCGUGUCAGGAAACCAGCGACGAGGACUCAGAGUGUCUUUCUUCCAGCACUGCGGAAUUGGUGAUGGACAAUAACGUUACCACUACUCCUAUCACUGCCACCCCUGUGACGACUAUAGAACAAUGUGGUACGAAAGGAUUUCCCCCAACGCCUCCGUCAUCUCCGCAAGACUUGAUCAACAACAACAGCAAUCAUUGCAACUCAUCGACUAAACGUGGAUCGUUCGGAUCAACAAUUAUAUCGACGAACAAUGCUGUUGAUCUACAGUCAGAUAACGAAUCAAAAAAUCCGGCGAACAAUCGGCAGCAACUGCAACAAUACGAUUGCAGUGGUCUGGAGUCAUCGUCAGGUUCUAUGCCGGACGCAGACCUAACUGAGUCGCUGGCCACAGCUACGGAAGCUCUGACCGAGAUCUUGGUGAAGUCUACAAACAUGGAACGUGAGAUCAGCCGAAAUAAUGGUGGCGGUGCGGCUGUAGUUGUGGUAGUAGUUCAAGACGAUAACGGAAAUGAAAAUGUACCGUCACCUCAACUGAAUCCUGCAAAACAACACCAUACCGUCCCAAAUGUCUCGAGUAGUUCAACACAAACAGAAUGUCCACCGUCCAGUUCAUAUCGAGUGUGUUGCUGCAAUAACUGGAACCGAUGGAAGUCGACUACAGUAGAUAAUAAGAAAGAUCGGCCGCCCUCUGUUAGGUGUCGGUCUCCGUCUGGUGGUAGAAGUAGUGGUGGUGGUGGUCGUUGUUGUCAUCACUAUCACAGGAGAAAAAAGACAAGCACCACUGCCACUGUUUCUAACCACUGUGGAGGUAAUGAGAGUUGCAGCAGCAGCAGUAGUAGUGAAACAAAAGCCCGGGAUAAAGUUCAUGUUGUAACUACUGUCUCAACCAAGUACUCAAAGAGCUGGCGGGAACUUCGCAAGUCAACUAGUGCUGAUGGAAAACAAUCGGCAGAAGUAGUGAUUUGUCGACUGCAAACCACAGGCUGUUGCAAUGCAGCCAAAUGUGGUGUAAAACCGACGAUUAAGAAACAUGGGAUGUGUUCUAGCUGUUCUAGUUGUACAACUUCAUCAGCAGAUGAGAGCGACGAGAGUUUAACUGAUAGUACAUCAACAGACAGUUCCUGUAAUUAUUCGUUACGUCGACAAAAAGCUCGUGCUAAGUUCAGAUCUGAUGAAGACUUGUUGCAUCGGCUGUUUGUAUGUAUAUCUGGAGUGGCCGACCAACUGCAGACAAAUUUUGCUGGAGACUUACGUAAUAUACUUAAAGCAGUGUUUCUCAUGUCUAAUUCUAAUUGUGGCAACGAUAGUCAACAGAAUCCUGUUAUUCCUGUGAUGAACAACCCUGUUGCAUUGAUUGAUAUUGAAAAUGGUGAAGAGGCACUUGUGUGGAGGGGUGAAACUAUAAUUAAUGAUGUCUUAUCCACAUCAGCAGAAACGCCACCUACUUGGGUACCUGAUAAUGAGGCUCCUGUAUGCAUGUCCUGCAAAGCUAUAUUCACCGUGGUCAGAAGACGUCACCAUUGUCGAAAUUGUGGCAAAGUAUUCUGUUCUCGGUGCAGUUCCAACUCUGUCCCUUUGCCCAGAUUUGGGCAUUUGAAGCCAGUGCGUGUGUGCAAUCGUUGUUUUAUUUACCAGGUUACGCCGUUCACAUUAGAGCAUUCAAUUGGACCAGUUCCAAUUGUCUUGCAGUCUUAAUUAAUUAUAAAGCGGUUCUCCCCUGCCCUCGCCUAAAAUCUUCUUCUCCUAAACAUUCCAAAGAGAUAAAGAAACAUCUUUAUUUUUUGUGUUACCAUUUUAUCCUAAUUGACUGUUUCUUCUUUUAUAAUCUUUUGCUUUAUAUACUUUUUUCCCCUCGAUGAAUUUUCUGUUCCUAACAGUAAUAAUAUUAAUUAGUUGUAUGCAAAUAUAUCGUUGUCUUUAAACCAUUCAACAAUUGUUUAACUUUAAUGCAUGCAUUUGUUAUAUUUUCUCUUAUUAAAUUAAUUUAAUGAUACUAUUAAUACAUCUAAGAAUCAUAACAUUGAUACUGAUUACUGUUAUUGGCGGUGUUUAUUAUGUGUUGUUAGUCAAAACAAUUUUAU